AGUUUUUGCAUUAUGUCAAGUUUCACUUUCACUUUGUUUUUGGUAUUAUAUUCUCUAAUUUUAUUGGUGAACAGCAACGGGAUUGAAGAAUUCAGAAUUUUACUUCAAAAGUUUAACAAAAAGAGCAUUACGGAAACACCAGUGUUCUACAAAAAAUAUCAAAACUACAAGACCAACUUAGAAUUCCAAAGAUUUCUGAAUGGAACUCACAAACUUUUAAGUGCAUACUAUGGACCUACAAAAUUUUCCGAUCUUUCUCAUGAAGAAUUUAAAGAUCAGUAUUUAUCAGAUUUGAAAGUACCAAGAAAGACCAAAGAUAAAAGUCAACAACAUACUCCAAGUAAAUUCUUCAGGGAAUUGGAUAUUCCUAAAAGAGUUGAUUGGAGAAAUUUUAGCAACUUAAACUUUGUGACUCCAGUAAAGAAUCAGAAAAAAUGUGGAGGAUGUUGGGCAUUCAGUGCAACAGAAACUAUAGAAAGUAUGAAAGCUAUACAGACAGGAUUACCUCCCCCUACACUGAGUGUACAGGAAGUUAUUGAUUGUGCCACAUAUAAUGAUGGAUGUAGCGGUGGUGAUCCUUAUCGAGCAGUAAAGUGGCUAAAAGAUACCCAGUCUCCACUAACAACAGAGAAAAAAUACCCACUGACAGACACAUCUGAUUCCUGUCGUAUUAUAGUCAAUAACAGUGAUGGAGUUAUAGUCCAGUCAUGUAAUUCUCAAAGACUAGUUGGGAGGGAAGAUAAAAUUGUACAGUUAUUGAAUAUUUCACCAGUUAGUGUGGCUGUAGAUGCCACUACAUGGAACAACUACUUGGGUGGCAUAAUACAGUAUCAUUGUGAGACACAAAUCAACCAUGCAGUACAGAUAGUAGGAUAUGAUAUCUCAGGUGAUGUACCAUAUUAUAUUGUAAGAAAUUCAUGGGGAACAGAUUAUGGUAAUAAAGGCUAUCUGUAUAUAAAGAUUGGUGAAAAUUUGUGUGGUAUUGCUGAAGAAGUUACUACAGUGACUGUUCAGUGAGAAGAUGUGAAAUAAAAGGGAACAUUGGUGCUACAUAUUUUUUUUCUUUUUUGCCAGAGCUCCUUAGCAGCUAUAGUCAUCUUUACCUUUCUCACUUUCCAUAUUCUAUAAGAAUUAUGAAAUAGAUCAAUCUGAUCAAAAUCCAAUGUUAUGAUAUGCAAUUUUCCUUAGGGAACAUUUUUGAGGUCUAUGCCUCCAUUUAUUCAUCUUUUCAUCCCUCCUUUCAUCAGUUUUUUUUUUAUCAUUUCUUCAGUUUAUUCAAUAAUUUGUUUCUUUUCAUUCCAAAUUUUUAAAUGUUAUCACCUCUGUGGUUCACAUGUAUAACCAUAUAUCAUGUAUUACAACAGCUGCAAUUGGAGCAUUUUUCCUUUUGUAAUAGACUUAUACAUAUAUGCAUGGAAAAACUUUCUAAGAAUGGAGUUUUUGUCCAGUUUUGACAAGUUGAUGACAUUUUGAACUCUGUGAUAUAUAUGUAGUUUUUUUUUCUAAUCAGAUAUAUAUAUAUAUAUAUAUAUAUAUAUAUAUAUGAAUAAUUAAUAAUGUUAAAUUAAAUUGUUAAAUAUAUAUUUUUCUAUAAAGUAAUAAAAUCUUAUAUCAUGAA